AUGCUACGCAACAAUAUUUGGGUUCCUCUCGAAUCCAACCCGGAGUCGCUGUAUCUGUAUUCUUGCAAACUUGGACAGACAAAGUUGGCGUUUCAGGACAUCUACGGGUUUGAUGCGGAGCUCUUAGAUAUGAUCCAGCAACCCGUGCACGCAAUAAUACUGUUGUACCCCUUGAAAGAAGGCAUGGUUGACACCCACUUUAUCGUCUUUGUCGAAAUUGACGGGAGGCUCGUCGAACUCGACGGAAGGAAGGAUCAUCCCGUUAUUCAUUGCACGACCAAUCCAGCCAGUUUCAAAUACGACACGGGAAAUGUAAUAAAGAAGAAGUUCAUAGAAAAAUGUCAAGAUGACAACAGAUUUUCAGCCUUAGCAGUUGUAGCAAGUGAUGUUGUGUGA